AUGCGCACCUCGGCAUGGACGGCGGCGGCGGCGCUGCUGGCGCUCGCUGCGCCACCCGGCGUCGCCGCGGGCAACUGGACGCUGCGCGACGACAUCUACGGCAAUGGCUUCUUCAACGCCUUUACGUGGUGGGACUACGCCGACCCGACGCACGGCUAUGUCAACUAUGUGUCGAAGAGCGAGGCGCGCUCGUCCAACCUCUCCUACGUCGCCUCGAACGGUGCAUUCGUCAUGCGUGCAGACUCGUCGUCGAUUCCGCAAUUCAAGGAGUCGGGACGCAAGAGCGUGCGCCUGCACUCGGUCAACACGAUGGGCGACGGCGUGCUCGUGGCGAAGAUUGCGCGGAUGCCGAUGGGCUGCGGCACAUGGCCGGCAUUCUGGACAUGUACACGCAGGAACUGGCCGUCGGGCGGCGAGAUCGACAUCAUCGAGGGCGCCAACGACCAGGGGCCGCUGAACCUCGCCAGCCUGCACACCACGGCCGGCUGCAGCAUCGCGGCGGGCAACACGUCGCGCUCGUCGGGCUUCGCGGACAAGACCGACUGCAUCUCGCAGCCCGGAUGCUCGGAGCGCUUCAGCCUGACGAACAGCUUCGGCAAGGACUUCAACCAGAACGGCGGUGGCUGGUAUGCGAUGAAGCGCGACACACGCAGCGGCGGCGAGGGCAUCAGCGUGUACUUCUGGCCGUCGAACACCUCGGUCGAUGCGCUCCCCGCCGCAGUGGCAGCGGCCGCCGGGUCCGCGCCGCCCUACGUGCUCACGGGCGCCAACGCCACCGCCGAGGAUCUGGCCAAGUGGGGCCAGCCGGCGGCGCACUUUGACAACGGCGCCAGCUGCGACAUGUCGCAGUACUUUGAGCAGCACGAGAUCAUCAUCAACCUCAGCUUCUGCGGCGACUGGGCCGGCGAGACGUUCCAGUCGAGCGGCUGUGGGCCGCAGUCGUGCUCGAGCUUCGUGCGCAACAACCCGUCUGCAUUCGAGGAUGCCCGCUGGGAGUUUGACUACGUCCGCGUCUACACCGACUCGGCCUGGCGCAAGGCCGGCGCUGGCCUCGGCUGGACAGCUGCGGGCGCUGUGCUGCUCGCCGGCCUCGCCCUUGCUCUCUAG